UUUAACACCUGUGAUUCAGGUGAUCGGCUCAGUGUUGGUUUCCAGUUUUGGGGAAAACACAACUGAGCCGAUAUGGGCACUGGUGGUUUGAUUGGGACUUGUCUGAUCCUCAGUCUGUGCUUUAGUGUGCGGGUCAUCAGUGGAAGUCCAAUAGGUACUUCAACCAUAAACUGUGCUGCGCCGACUGAUCCUAUACAUGUGGGUGAAGUGGAAGAAGGGUAUUCAGGGGAGGUGGAGCUGCUGACAGGGAUUGUGGCAGGAACCAAAGUGAAGCUAGUGGACAGCUACUUUGCCAACCACACUCAGUAUCUGGAACUGAUCUUCACACCUGGGGACACCAGCGCAACAGUUCGGACUAAGAAACCGCUGGAUGCAGACACACUAACAACAAGUGCCAGCACCUUGUACUAUUCUGUCAUGUGUGAUGAUAUUACCAAGUACAACAACAUUCGGACGCUGAAAGUCAACGAUCUCAAUGACAACAGCCCAGUAUUUACCAAGGGCGUCUACACCACAACUAUCUCUGAGAUAACAGAAGUGGACACUACUGUUCUUCCAGUGAGAGCUGUGGAUGGAGACAGCACCUCGGCAAACAACAGAGUCUUCUAUACCUUUAGCCCAGCUUCAGACGACUUUCUUUUGACCAACUCAGGGGAUUUUAUUUUGAAGAGACGACUGAACUACAAUGUAGCCCAACAGUAUAGCUUCACCGUGACAGCCCGGGACAACUGGGGGCUGAAUGACACAGCCUCUGUGGUGAUUAACGUCAAGGAUUUUGAUAACUUGAAUCCCUAUUUCAGUCAAAAUCUGUAUCAAGCCUUUAUUCAAGAAAAUCAGGCUGGGCCUUUCGAUAGCAUUCAACCAGAGGCAAUAAAGGCCCAGGAUGGAGACACUGGGAUCAACGUGGCUUCAACAUAUAGCAUCAGUGCUGUGUCUCCAGAGGCAUAUCAAACCAACUUUGACAUUGACUCCAGCAGUGGAGUUCUGUCUGUGGUGACUGCCUUCGACAGAGAGGAAAUGGACACCGGUGUGAUCUCUGUCUUCAUCAAGGCGGCCCAGGCAGACGACAGUUUGAAGACAGCUGAUGCUGUGGUGUCCGUCACUGUUGAGGAUGUGAAUGACAACAGUCCAACAUUUGAUCAGCCCAACUACUCUGUAACGCUGCUGGAAAACUCUCCUGUUGAUGCUGUUCUGCUGAAAGCUGUUGUCAAUGAUCUGGACCAGGGAGGGUUUGUGGGAACUCUGGAGAUCCUUCCAGACUCUGCUCCUUUCUCUAUCAGCUCUGAUGGGACGAUCAGAGUGAAAGACUCCACAGCUCUGGACAGAGAAGCCACUGAGACGAUCACAUUUCAGAUUCAAGCAACGGAGGAAAAUCUGCCCCACAAUGUUGCCACGGCACCAGUCACUGUGACUCUCCUGGAUGAAAAUGACAACAGCCCCACAUUCACCAGCAGCAAGUACGAGGGAAAAGUGUUUGCCGAUCAGACGGUGGGACUGUCACUGGUCCAGGUCGUGGCAGAAGAUCCAGAUGCUGAUGUAAACGGCCAGGUCAAAUACUCUAUUGACUUUGGGAACAAUGAAGGAUACUUCUCAAUCAAUGAAAACACUGGAGAGAUCUCACUGGCUAAGACCAUCCCCCUGGUGGAAAACAAGAUUUUGGAGUUUCCUCUCUACGUAACAGCCAGAGAUGAGGGCGUCAUACCGCGUUCCUCUUCAGCACAAGUGAUAAUUCGAGCUCCUGGUGACUCAAAACCUCAGUUUUUACAAAAAAUCUACCGUGGCAAUGUAGAAGAAGCGCAAGAACCGGGAGUGGUGAUUCUUAGGGUUGACUUCCUUGCAAUAGCUGCUGAGAUUCCAGUGACUCUCCAAGUUGAAACAGAAGGCGACAAGUUUGCCAUCUCCCCCACUGGUGAAUUCACUACAAAGAUGGCGCUCGACUAUGAUGAUGCUCCACACAGCUACUCUGUGGAAAUCUCCAUCACUGACGGCAUCAACAGUGACAGUGCAGUCGUACAGGUUGAAGUCACCGAUAUCAAUGAUAACAGUCCUGUGUUUACCUCCAGUUCUGUCACAAAAUCUGUUCCAGAGGACGCAGACGUAGGAACCAGUAUUACUGCAGUUCCAGCUACAGACAAAGACAGUGGCUUCAACAAGGAGAUCAGAUACUCACUGAGAGAAGGAUUGGGGAGGUUUUCUAUUGAUCCUGUGUCUGGGAUGGUAAGUGUAGCUGCUGUUCUUGACAGGGAGACCCAGGCAGAGUACGACCUGCUGGUGGUGGCUGAAGAUCAGGGUCGUCCAGCCAGGUCAGCCACAGCCACACUGCUGAUCCAAGUAUCCGACAUCAACGAUAACGUUCCAAAGUUCUCUGAGGCCGAGUAUCAGGUCGAAGUCUUAGAAACGGAGGCAAUGGGUACAAGCUUGCUCAGCUUGUCAGCCACAGACUCUGAUGAAGGCGCCAAUGGGAGAGUUACUUACAGCAUUACCCAGCAGAGUCCUUCAUCAGAAGCUGCUGUGUUUGCGUUGGACUCCUCCAGUGGGACUCUGCAGCUGGUCCAGCCUCUGGACUACAGCAAGGUGAAGGUGUACAAUCUGAAGGUUCAGGCCUCUGAUGGGGGGACUCCCUCUCUAGUUGGGAGCGGCUCUGUGGUGGUAAAGGUGAAGGAUGUGAACAACAACCCACCAGAGUUCAGCAAGGAAAGCUAUGACGUCUCCAUCCCUGAGAACCUGGCCAGUGGUGCAUCUAUUCUGACUCUGGAGGUGACUGAUAAGGACGAGGGUGGAUUCUUAAAUGGCUACUUCCGCUACAAAAGUGAUACUUUUGACAUUAGCAAUCACGGCAUUGUCUCAUUGAGGAAAGACGUCACCUUGGACAGAGAGAAAACAGACAGCUACAUAUUACAGGUUGUGGCAGUAGAUCAGAUCACUAACGGUCUGAGCUCCACCGCUCAGCUCAACGUCACCAUCCUCGACUUCAACGAUAACGCUCCACAGUUCCCAAGUAUCCCUGACCCCCUGUGGAUCCCUGAGGGCGACUACUCAGAGGAAUCUCAAGGAGAAAUCUUCACCAUCGUGCCCACAGACGCUGAUCUCGGUGCCAAUGGAGAGGUCGUCCUCUCCCUCCCCUCCCCACAUCCACUCUUCAGGUUCAGAGAGGACGGGACGUUGCUGGCUGUUGGUCCUCUGGAUCGGGAGAGCAGGGACGCAUAUGACCUGGUUGUUAAGGCUUCGGAUAAAGGCGUCCCUCAGAGAGAGACCAUCACCACCAUCAGAGUGAGCCUCUCUGACGUCAAUGACAACAGACCUGAGUUCAGCUCCAGCAGCUACGUCAGCAGCAUCCUGCUGAAAGACGCAGAGGAAGGGAAGCUGCUGCUGACACUGUCCGCCACCGACCGAGACAUCGGGGACAACGGCAUCAUCACCUACAGUUUCUCUGCAGGAAGCUCUCCAUAUUUGGCCCUAAACAGUGACACUGGAGAAGUGACUUUGACCUCUGACCUUGCUGAUAUAACAGAAGACACCACGGUGGUGCUGACAGCCAUGGCCAAAGACCAAGGCCAGCCUCCUCUCGACUCCACGGCUCGUGUUGUGGUGAACCUGAGGGUUGUCAGUCUGGUGGAGAGCGUGGCCUUCCAAAGCUCCUCCUACAACUUCAGUUUACCUGAGAACCUGCCAGUGGGGGCGACGGUGGGAAAGGUCUGGGCCUCCUCAGGAAGCAACCUUUACGACGUGGCCUACGCACUGAAAACGUACACUGACCUGUUCUCCAUCGACACCAGUGGAGCCAUCCUGACUACUGCACAGCUGGACAAAGAAAAGCAGGAGUGGUACAUCCUGGACGUGGAGGCUGUGGACACACGGACUCCCCCUACAACAGCAAUGGCAACGGUCAGUGUUCAGGUGGAGGAUGUAAAUGAGCCUCCAUACUUUCCCCCUGAGGUUUAUGAAGCCUCUGUGUUAAGCAUUGCCCCGUAUAAAACUCCUGUCAUCACCGUCAAGGCUUCAGACCCUGAUGUUGGAGAGGAGGGUCAGCUGAUCUACAGUCUGUCAGCUGGCAGCUCAUACUUUGACGUGGAGGCUUCCUCAGGUCAGGUGUACGUGGUGUCAGCAGCAGAUGUGGAUGGAGACACAGUAACAGUGGAGGUGAAGGCCACAGACCCCCAAGGACUUUUCGCUACGGUCACGGUGAAGGUGGUGGUUCAGGGAAGUGCGAGCAGCAAUGACGUGGUGACCAUCUCACUCAAUCAGCCUGCUAAUACUGUGGAGAAUAAAAUUCCAGAAUUGGAGAAUGCUUUAGGUAAAGCUCUGGGCUGGACAGUGAACAUCAUCCAGGUGUCCAAUGCUAACAGAGGAGCCACUAAGUCCCGAAUGCUGAGAAACUCUGUGAAGACUUUGGUCAGCUUCAUCACCGAAGAAAAUGGAGAGACAGUUUCCUCUCAAAAAGUCAUAAAGAAACUGCAGAGCAAGUCGGAUGAAGUGAAGAAGGAGCUGGCUCAAGUGUUUGCAGACAUUGAUUUUGAUGUUGAGAUACCAAGCUCCGGCUCCGGCUCCAGCUCAGCGGUCAUAGCUCUGGCCGUCAUGUUGGCCCUGAGCAUCCUGGGAUUGAUCUUUGCUGUUAUCUUCAUCAUCAUCAGGUUCAAGAGGAAGGGCAAACCAGAGGACAAAGAGAGACUUUCCUUUAGCAGUCACACGAACUGGUCUGUGAACAUCACCGAACCAUCUGAGCGGAAAGAGACGAGGAGUCCAGAUGACGAGCAGCAGAAGACGGACAGACAGACAGAUGAAGAUGGGACGGACAGGGACAGCAUGACGGAUAAAAAGCACAGAGACAGUGACAGUAGUGGAAGCCAAACUUCUUAUGUCUGACCUGAACACAGCAGCUUUCUGUCAAACAGUCUGGAGUCUGCAGCGCCACCAGAAUAAUCACACACUAAUUAUUAGAAACAAGCUGCAUGAAGUCAUUUUCAUUCUGAAAUGGCUCAGAGCAUCACAAACUAAGCUUCUCUAAAGCUGUUUGCACACAAACCUGUACUUCCUGCUUUUUGUUCUUAGAUAAUAAGACUCUGCUUUAUUUAUUUCUUCAGUGACUGCUGAGGUUCAGAUCUGAGUACCCAUUGUGUGAUGUCUUCAUCUUUAAAGUAACUAAAGGAAGAAAAAAGUAUUAAAUGGAAAUAUUCAAGUAAAGUUCAAGUACUUCAAAACUGAAUUUAAUUACAGUAUAUAGUAUGAAUGUAUUUAAAUACUUUCUACCACUUCUCAUCCGUUACCCGGCAAUGUCACUAUUCAUUGUUGUGUUUCUGUCCCCCUGAUUAAUUAACGUUCACUCUCUUUUAGCUCUGUUUUUGUUCUCUAACACCUCCUGAGGGGAAUAUCUGGCUCUUUAACUGCUACAUUCUCCAUCAGCUAGUUUCUAAUUUGCACGUCUGCUGUUUGCUGCUAAAAAUGAAGCUACUGAGCACUGAGUUUUCACAUCAUUUCAUGUAUUAUAAAACAUCUGUACUAGUAGCAUCAAAUGGAGAUCACAAAAUGUAAUAAAAUGUUUCUUUCCCGUCAGAUGGGGUUAUCCAUAUAUGUAUUAACGGUCCGUGUACGGAUCUGGUAAUUGGAUUUUCCGUUCUGAAACGGGUAUUGAAAAACAAAAAACGAGUGGUUAUUUGAUUUUCGUUUUAAAAUACAAAAAUUUAAAUUGAAAUACAAGGCGGUUUUCCUUUUCAUGAUCAAAAAGGGAUAUACGAUUUUUUUUUUAAAUGCUUUGAUUUUCGUUUUAUAUUUAGAAUAACAAGAAAGUAAAAUCAGUAAGAGACAGAAACGAAAAAAGGUCAGUUUUUUCAUUUUCUGAGACCGGAAGUGGUCAUCAGCAAGUGUGGAGCCAAACGACAACAAGAUUCUCAGAGGGCGGAGCCAGAGAGCAGCGAUUGGUCAGACCAUAGAUAAUAGAGAAGACAGCGCGCUAGCGUGUCUAGUCUAUGUGUAUCUAUAUGAUCGGAACGUCUGGUAGCUUGUGAUGGCUGAUCGAGGCUUUGUUGAAGCUUCGACACUUCAUUCAAAACAUGGUUCAUUACUCGAGACACACAGUGCUCGAGUAGGACAUCUAGUGGUCAAUAAAAUGAAGUGCAAUCAAGACGUGGUCGUUGGUUCAUGGAUUGUUUUGGAUUUGAUUCGCCAUGCACACAUUCCUCUUUGACUACACUAGAUGAUUGUAUGGGUUCUAGUGGACACAAAAAUAAUAUUACUAGUAAUAAUAAUGACAAUAACUAUUGAGCAUGUUUCUUAUUUGCCAUGUUUGUCUGUAACCCUAUAUACUCUUCACUUAUAUUCUGUGUUAUGAAACAUUUAAACGGUGCUGCUACAUUCAUGCUCUACAAAUACAGACUGAUGUCAUUUUCACAUGGGGCUGGUGCAAAUAAAGAUUAUAUGGAUUAUUAUGGAUUUUGGCAAAGUAUGUCUUGGGGUUUAUUGGUAAAGAGGUCAGUAAAGAGGGUGUGUUUAUAUAACUGGUUAUGAGUUUUUAUUGAGAAAUAAUUUAUCAACAGUUUUGGGACUUGCUUGUGCUUGUGACAUAGAUGACUGCUGCUUGGCAUUCUUUAUGUUAAUUGUUGUGCAUUCUGUUAUUAAACGUUCUUUCACACUG